AUGUCUCUAUCUACCAGACCACGACUUUUGCAGGGAACUACUUCGGAAUCGUUUGGAGCGCAGAGUAAUGGACUAUAUGGAAAUGGGAACUACCCAACGAACUCUGGGUCAAAUGUUACAGGUGGCGCUGGCUGGACCACCACGCCAAGUCGUGGGUAUGGUGGCGUUCACACACCGCACACGAGCAGCUACUCCCAUAACACAACGCCCGUUAAACCGGGGCCCAGUCAGGUUACAGGGGGUCAGGGUUGGAGCAUCGUUCCAAGUGGUCAACCACCAGCUAUUCAGUCACGACAAGCUAGCAGCUUUGAACACAGCUGUGGAGUCAAUGUCAAGUCUGAACCAGGGAGGGCCAAUGGGAGUCCGGGAUGGAGCAUCACUCCAAGUCAAGUGAAUGGCAUCAACCGCGGGGAAAGCGAUCGGAUGCCUCAAAUGCCGGGGGCCUGGGAAGAUUCUGAUAGUGGCAGCGACGAGGUAGCUACCGGCGGCUAUGCUUUGUGGCAACAAGGGGCUCGCUCGACCCAUCCCUCUAGCCGUACUCUUCCCCCACCAAACCCAUCCUACAACCGAUCCAUUCCAGCCUGGAACCCAUCCGCGUUACCAGGCUUUGCAAGCGUUAGCCAACUGGCCAGCUUCGAUCGACCAGGUCUACUGAACAACGGCAGCUACUUCUCCGACGUGGAUUACCUGGGAGGGCAACCCAGUCUUGCUUCAACGAUUCAUCGUGUAAACAACAUUGACUUCCAGAACAUGACCGAUAUGGACGGGAACCCCCUGAAUCCGCGGUUAGCGAACUAUCUGGAUGAUUUUGUGCACAAUCCUGUCAAAACAGAGGAGGAGAUUCAACAACUUCUUUCGAACAUUCGACCUGAUAUGGAAAUUCCCGAGGAGGAGCGGGGUGAAACACCGGCGGGCAUGAAGUAUCCUCUCUAUCCGCACCAACAGCUUGCCCUGAAGUGGAUGGCGGAGAUGGAGACAGGGUCAAACAAAGGCGGUAUCCUGGCCGAUGAUAUGGGUCUUGGUAAAACGGUCUCGACCCUGGCGUUGAUGAUUUCCAGGCCCUCUGAGGACCGGGCAGUGAGGACUAAUUUGAUAAUUGGACCUGUCGCCCUUAUCAAACAAUGGGAAAACGAGGUCAAGAACAAGCUGAGGGGUACUCAUAAGAUGAGUGUUUACCUCCUCCACCAGAAGAAGAAGAUACCAUUCACUGAGCUCAUAAAUUACGACGUGGUGCUCACAACGUAUGGUUCAAUCGCCUCGGAAUGGCGCCAGUACGAGAAGCACGUGCAACAACGCAACGCGGCUGCGUUGUAUUCGGAGAGAGACGACGGCGAGCUUGCCAAAAAGUGCCCCUUGCUUCACCCCAAAAGCACCUUUUACCGCAUCAUCAUCGACGAAGCCCAGUGUAUCAAAAACAAGGACACCCAAGGCUCAAAGGGCGUGCACAAAAUCAAUGCCACCUACCGCUGGUGCCUUACUGGCACGCCCAUGAUGAACAACGUAUCAGAGCUCUAUCCACUCAUCCGUUUUUUGAGGAUUAAGCCCUUUUGGGAACAUAGGCACUUCCAAACGGCGUUUAAAUGCCUCGGCCCCCGGAAUAAUGGUAACAACGAGUAUGCUCGCAAGCAGGCCAUGGACAAGCUUCGGACCGUUCUCAAGGCCAUCAUGCUGAGGCGCAUGAAAACCUCGCAGAUAGAUGGCAAGCCCAUCUUGACUCUACCCCUCAAGACCGAGAGAUCCGAGUUUGUAGAGUUCUCAGUGGAUGAGACACAAUUUUACAAAGACCUCGAGGAGAGGUCGCAGGUUGUCUUCAACAAAUACCUCCGUGCCGGUACUGUUGGUCGCAACUACUCCAAUAUUCUUGUUCUUCUGCUGCGGCUUCGCCAAGCAUGCUGCCACCCUCACUUGAUUGAUUUCGAGUGCGUCGGCAGCGCAACCACCGCUGACGAGACCAUGGAUGAUUUGGCGAGAAAGCUUGAUGCUGCAGUCAUCCAGCGUAUCAAGGACAUCGAAUCUUUUGAGUGUCCUAUCUGUUAUGACGGCAUCGAGGAUCCAGUCCUAGCUAUACCCUGCGGCCAUGACACCUGCUCAGAGUGCUUCACUUCGCUGACAGACAACGCGGCCAGGAACAAUGUUCUUACAGGUAACGAGAACGCCGGUGCUAAGUGUCCGCAAUGCCGCGGCCCCGUUGAUGCUUCAAAGGUGAUCAAGUACACGACCUUCCGAAAGAUUCAUAUGCCGGAAACUCUUCCUAAGGAAGAGGUCAAGGAGGAGGAGCUGCCAGAGAUUUCAGACUGGUCUGGCUCGUCAGAAAACGAGGAUUCCGACAAUGAUUCUGUCGGCAGUUUAAAUGACUUCAUCGUGGAAGACGAUGAUUCAGAUGAACUCAGUGAGGGUGAAGCUGCAGCCCAGGCGAUGAAGAUGGCGGAAGCCAAGGCGGAAGCGAAGGCGAGAAAGGAAGCGAGACGGGCGGAAAAGAAGACCACAAAGGCGUUCAAGAAAGGCAAGGAGAAGAGCAAACUGAGCAAGGGGAAGAACAAGGUUGAGCCGGUCAACCCAAGUCAGUUGCGGACACUCCGCCUUGAGGCUGGCAGAAACAAGGAGGCCCGUCGGAGAUAUAUGCACUACCUCCGCGAUAACUGGGAGGACUCGGCGAAGGUCACCCAAGUCAUUGAGCUUCUGAAGACGAUCCAGGAAACCAAUGAGAAGACCAUCAUUUUCUCUCAGUGGACCUCCCUGCUGGACUUGAUCGAAUGCCAGAUCAAGUACAGCCUCAAGCUGCGUCACUGCCGGUACACUGGCGACAUGUCGCGCACCCACCGCGACGAAGCGGUUCAAGACUUUGUAGAGAACCCCGAAAACAAGGUCAUGCUGGUGUCCCUCCGGGCCGGUAACGCGGGACUGAACCUGACGUGCGCUUCGCGCGUCAUCAUUUGCGAUCCCUUCUGGAAUCCAUUUAUCGAGAUGCAGGCUGUCGACCGCGCCCACCGUAUUGGGCAGCAAAAGGAGGUGCAGGUCCACCGAAUCCUGGUCAAGGAAACGGUCGAGGACCGCAUCAUGGAUUUGCAAGAGAAGAAGAGGGAGCUGGUGGAGAGCGCCCUGGAUGAAGACAAGAGCAAGCAGCUGGGCAGACUGGGUGUUCAGGAGCUGGCUUACAUCUUCAAUGGCGGCGCGAGACCCCCUCAAUAGGCGUCAGAAUUGAACCGAAAGGCCUCAGUAGAGAGUGAGAAGGCCUCAGCGGAUAGUCAAUAGGCCUCAAUUUUUACUUGACAGGCCUUGUUUGGGGGCUGGAAAGCGUCAAAAUGGAGUUGAGAGGCCUUGUUUGGAGGUUGGGAGGUGUUGGUUGUCGGGAGACAAGGCCUCGAGGACACACAAAAACGCGGACAAUGGACGCGGGUGAGGCCUACCUUUUACCUCUACCAUGUCAAUAUUUUCUGUAUGGUUUUUCUUUUCUUUUUUUCCCUUGAUGUUUGUUUCGUCUUUUUUUUUGCCUUGUCCAGACAAGGAUUUGUCAGGUGUCCGUUUUUCUUUUCCUAGGUCAUGGGUUAUGGGGGUUUUCACCUUCCGUUUCUGUGCAGUCUGUAGUGGUAAUGGGCAUCAUGAUUCCCCCCUUUUCCUUGUUUUUUCCCCCUCUGUUCAUUAUGGAAGGGGUGAUGGAUGAAGGGAAAAGGGGGUCGACCUGCAUUGUGUUGGCGUUGGAGGCGAGACGGAUGGGGCUUUUGCUUGUGUAUGUAUGGGUUUUUGGUCGUGUAGGUUAUUUGUGGUGAGCGAAUGGGUGGUGGUAGAUGAGGGGGAGACUGCCACCUUGCCUGGUCAAAUUAGCUUUGAUUUUAAGAACUUUGAGUUGUGUGAUGGUGAUUGAGGUGAUGUGAUUUACGAUGAUGAGUGCUCGGGCUUGGUGAGUGCUCGGGCUUGGUGAGUGCUCGGGCUUGGUGAGUGCUCGGGCUUGGUGAGUGCUCGGGCUUGGUGAGUGCUCGGGCUUGGUGAGUGCUCGGGCUGGAGCUGGACAACAUAAUUUAAGUGAAAAGAGAAAACCACAGGAAACCCUGGGCACGCAAGAUACGCUUCAAUAUCAC